AUGGCUGACAUAGAAGCAGCACGAGGGCAACCAUCUAAGACCAAUACUGAAGAAAAGCUGCCAUUGGAUUUAAUUCCAAAAUCUUUAAUGGUAGUACUUGGUUCAACGUAUUGUUUAGUUUUACUUUGUCUUCUACUUGUGAUUCCGAUACUUGAAUUAGCUAUUGGUGCUUCAUAUCGUGAUCAAUGUACAAUUAAUUCUAAUAUUCCAGUCUAUCUUAUUGUCACAGGUGCAUGUGGUAUGGCCACCAUUAUUCUUACAUUAGUCUUGGUUGCUGGAUUUAUAUUUGUCAUUCAACGACAAUCAAUAGUUGGAACAUUUGCCAUGGGGUGUAUCACGAUUAUUAUUAUGAUGUUUAUAUCUUUAAUGAGUUUCUUUUUGUUUAUUUGGUUCAUAGUGGGUAACGUAUGGAUAUUUGGAGCUAAACAGAAUGUUCAAUAUGAUAAUCCAGCAGCAAGCAAUUAUUGUAAUCGUACAUUAUAUGAAUUUGCAUUUGUAAUACUGAUUAUAUCAUACGUAAUGUGUUGCAUUAGUUGUUGUUCACGUUUCGUUGGUAGUUUUGCGCGAAAGGAUGAUGAAAUAUCAAUAAUUAUUAAUGAGAUUGAUAAAGGAAAAGUAACAUCAGUGACAGAACGACAUAUAACAAAAUUAAAUAAAUUAAGAGAAUUAAAGAAUUUCUCUGAGGAUAUUAAACAUUCAUCAACUACAAUCUCACCAAUUAAAAAUUAUUCAAAAAGAGUUUUAACUCGUGAUGAAACAUUAGCAUUAGAAAAUGGUCUCGAUUUCAUCUUUCCAUCACUUAAGUUUGAUGAUGAAACCUUCAUAGCUAACAUUGAGACCUUAUUUGUAAAUUUACUUGGUUAUUGUUCGGAAAAAACUGAUUACGAUGAAUUAGAUCUUGAUGAGAGAAUUUCCUACAAUUUAACACCAGAACAACUGUGUCUAGCAACAAAAUUACGUAAAUCUUGUGACACAUUUAGACAACAUGCAAGGAAAUCAAUAUCACGUUAUAAGAAAGAAAUAGAUCCAAUAGUGAAAACCUUGAAGAAUUUAUCGAAGGAUAAAACAAUUUACAUCACGCGUCCAGACAAAGUUCGAGCAGUCGUCAUUCUUGAGAGAUCAGAUUAUUUAACGAAAAUGGAACUGAUACUAAAUGAACCAAAGACGUUUAAACAACUAGAUGAGGACCCCACUAUUCAAAAAGAAGAUAAACUACAGAGAAAAUUAUUGCACUUAAAAAACAUUGGUUUUUUAACUGAUAGUGAAUAUAAAUUUACACGACCUGUUGGAUCACAACCUGGAAAAGCCUAUGGACUUCCUAAGAUCCACAAAGAUGGUGUCCCUCUACGCCCCAUUAUUUCUGCAUGCGGCACAUUCAAUUACAAAUUAUCUAAAUUAUUAGCAAAUAAAUUAAAACACUUACGAACUAGUCCAACAAUUGUAAUUGAUACAUUUAAGUUUGUGAAAGAAUUGCAAAAUUUAAAAUUAAACACCACCAACAUAAAAAUGGUUUCCUUUGAUAUUGUAUCGCUUUUUACACGUGUUCCUCUUGCACGUACCAUUGAUCUUAUUUUAGAUAAGAUGUAUGGACCAAUACAUACUUGUUCAUUUAGCGAACUUAAACGUACGGAUUGGUGUAGUAAAUGUCAACAUAGAUAUGAAUUAAAAUGGUUAUUAGAUAUAUCGACAAAAGAUUCCCACCUUAUAUUUAAUGAGAAAUUAUAUUGCCAAACGGAGGGUGUAGCAAUGGGCAGUCCCUUGGGACCCUUAUUUGCUGACAUUUAUAUUAAUUAUUUAGAAUCUAAACUGAAACGUAGAUUAGAUGAAAAUGGUGUAUUAUAUUGGAAGAGGUUUGUGGAUGAUUGCUUUGUAUUAGUUAAUGAUAAUGCUGAUAUUAAUAAGUUAUUAGAUAUUUUAAAUAGUUUUGAUGUUGAUAUACAAUUUACAGUCGAAACCGAAAAGAAUAAUUCUAUUUCUUUCCUAGAUAUACUAAUAACUAGAACAAAUUUUAAUGUUAAUGAAACUGACUUGAAUACAUUACCUAUUGAAUUACUUCACUCAUUUCUAAGAAUAACAAAAGAACGCUUGUCAAUUGUUAGCGUCGAAAAGUAUGAACAACUUCUUAAUUUACUUCGAUUACAAUAUCCAAGAAAUAAGUUAAACAAUCAGAAGUCGUCGUUACUUUUACCCUUUCUUUAUCCUUCACCAAUAGCUCUCGUAUCUAGCUCGUGUAUUUUAUUGACAUCAAUACAAAAAACGGAUGAAACAUCUACAAAUUACCAAAAACAUCCUAAUGUAGAUGAACAUAUUAUUUUAUCUGAACAUGCGACUAUUGUUGUACAGCUUCUACAUCGUUACCUUUUAGCUUAUCGUGACUCACAACCAAUCGAUCAAAUCAACUUUGGAAUGACUCAGUUAAAUUAUCUCCAACAAGAAAUUUCAUCCUUAAUCUACAAACCUAACUUUACAGAAGUAAUCUGUUAUGCCUUUGAUAAUGUUAUUUCCGAAACAUCAUUAGAAAUAUCACCGGAUUACUUUACUUCACUAAGGAAAAUAUUAAAACUAAAUCGAGUCCAAGAAAUUCUCCUUGUGUUUGCUUUACAUGAUUCAAUACAUGUUAAAUUUCAAGCAUUAGCUCGUGGACAUCUUUUAAAUUGCCUACGUGAAUUCUUUCAAACCAUCUCCAAUACGUAUGAAUCGAAUUUAUUCUCAACUUCUAUCUAUCGAAAACCUACUUUUACUGGCUUAUUACUGAAAUGGAAUUCAUACGUUCCUCACUCCUACAAAGUCUCAGCGAUUAGCUCAAUGAUCUACAGAGCUAUUAAAAUCUGUUCUUCUUAUUCAUCAAUGCAUAUUGAAUUUGAGUAUAUUCAAAAUUUAGCGUUAAAAAAAAAAAAUGAUUACCCAUUAAAAUUCGUUCAAAAUCAAAUUAAGAAAACUCUCAAUAGACACUUUGAAGGGUUAAAUAAAAUAUCAAACGAAACAUUAACUAAACCGGAUGAAUUAGAUAACAAAGAGAUGAAGAAAGA